AUGCUAUAUGUUCCUACCAGGAACCGGGAACAUCCUGGGGUCGCGCGUCUGGCCGAUAACCUUAUUCUUCCCUAUCGUUUCACCGUUACCGAGGACGUCCCCAAGAUCAAAAUGCCUUCGCAAAAGACUUUCAGAACCAAGCGCACCCUCGCAAAGGCUCACCGCCAGAACCGCCCCAUCCCCCAGUGGUUCCGGCUAAAGACCGACACUAAAAUCCAGUACAACGCUAAGCGCCGUCACUGGAGGCGCACGAAGCUCAACAUCUAAACGUCCUUCUUUCGCUUUCUGCUGGGUGCGGAUUGUCACCAACGCGAGGAGACGAGGGAGCAGAGUUGCACUUGUUUGCGAGGCACCACCAGUUUAUGCCACAUGUAUGACGCCAACAUUGGCACUAUGGCUACACCAAAUCACAGCAUACAGCCAUGACUAAAAUUUGUGGGACUAUUGAGACUUGAUGGUGAUUAGGAAGUAUUAAAGGCUGAUCUCUGCUUUCUUGGCAAAACCCGUCCGCGAUUCUCCACCACCUGAGUCACUCCACAUGCCCGAAAGAUAUCUUGCUGUUGAGAAGCAGCCAGUCAUCCGUUAGUUUCAGUGGGAUACGGAGUGCUAUGCCAUUGGACGAUGAAACCUGUGGAAAUGUCAUAUAUACU